GCGGUGAUCUCUAACUCCGCCCACGUGAGCGCUCGCGUGCGGAGCGGAACUGAAUCAGGCGGUGAUUUUUCUUUUUUUCCUUCUUCUGCCGUUUUCAAAUUUAAACCUUUAAAUUUUAUUUCGGUUUUUCGCAGCGGACGCUCACGCCUCCCUUCUUGCCAUGACAGCCAAAACCAAGUGGGGUGCAGUGAAGGAAUGCAUCAGUGGAAGCCCCGCCCAUGACUCCGAGGCCUCACUGGAGGCCAACCUGCAGAAUGCAGAACCAGAGCUGUGCAUUAGACUGCUGCAGGUUCCCACGGUAGUAAAUUAUUCAGGGCUGCGCCGGCGGCUGGAGGCCUGUGACCAGGAUUGGAUGGUGCAGUUCCUGGAGCUGCAUGGUCUGGACUUGCUGCUGGAGGCGCUGGAGCGGCUGUCUGGCCGCGGCUGCGCCCGCAUUGCCGACGCCCUGCUGCAGCUGACCUGCGUGGCCUGCGUCCGAGCCGUCAUGAACUCCUCUGCCGGUCUGCACUUCAUGCUGGACAAUGAGGGUUAUGUCAGGACACUGACCCAAGCUCUCGACACUUCCAAUGUCAUGGUCAAGAAGCAGGUGUUUGAGCUGCUGGCCGCGAUCGCACUGUUUGAUUCUCAAGGUCAUGGCCUCGCCCUGGAUGCUCUGGAGCACUACAAGAGUGUGAAGAAACAACAGUAUCGCUUCAGCGUUGUCAUGAGCGAGCUCCAUGCCACAGACAACGUGCCCUACAUGGCCACGCUGAUGAGCGCCAUCAACAUGCUGGUUCAGGGUCACAAGGAUCUGAGGAAAAGGGACAAACUGCGCCGCGAGUUCAUCGGGUUGCAGCUGCUGGACCUGCUGUCCAGACUGAGGGAGUCGGAGGACGAGGACCUGAACAUCCAGUGCGAUGCAUUCGAGGACUCGAUGGCUGAAGACGAGGACGAGAUGGAGAGACUUUAUGGUGGAAUUAACAUGAACAGCCACCAGCAGCUCUUCAGCUCCAUCUUCACCAAAGUCAGCAGCAGUCCGUCCUCUGUGCAGCUGCUGUCCAUCCUUCAGGCCCUGAUGACCGUGGAUCCGGACCGGGCCGAGGUCUGGUCGGCUCUGGAGUUCCUGGCGGAACGAGCCAUUCUGCUCGCCAAUGAUCCACAGCUGGAGUCUACAGACCAACUGCUGGACAAACUCCUCUGCUUCAAGUCCAGCUCCACCGUCAGGGUGCGGACCGUUGAUAGGGCGGUGCAGACCCAACUCCCACACAGUCCCCCCAUCCAAUCAGAGCAGCCACUCAAAACUGACCUCACACAUGGUCCUCCUCCCUUACCCGGCAAGGCGCCUCCUCCGCCCUUAUCUGGCACGGCGCCUCCUCCGCCCUUACCCGGCACGGCGCCUCCUCCUCCUCCUCCGCCCUUACCCGGCACGGCGCCUCCUCCCCCUCCUCCGCCCUUACCCGGCACGGCGCCUCCUCCCCCUCCUCCGCCCUUACCUGGCACGGCUCCUCCUCCUCCGCCCUUACCCGGCACGGCGCCUCCUCCCCCUCCUCCGCCCUUACCUGGCACGGCUCAUCCUCCUCCUCCUCCAGGUGACAUAAUUGUAGUCCAGGUGGCUCAUGGGCUAGGAAGUUCAUAUUAUGACUCCACCUCCAAGCCAAGCUCCACCCCCUGUCCCACUGUCCACAUGAAGAAACUAAACUGGCAAAAACUUCCAUCCAGAGUUGUUACAGCUCAUGACUCCAUGUGGACGUCUGCGUCUUCAGAUGCCAUGGAGCCAGAUUACUGUAGUAUCGAGCAACUCUUCAGUCUUCCACUGAUGGAGACCCAGACCAGAACCAAACCCAAAGCAGAGCCCAAAGAGAUUUCUUUCAUUGAUGCCAAGAAAAGUCUCAACCUGAACAUCUUCCUGAAGCAGUUCCGAUGCUCUAACCAGGACUUUGUGUCUCUGAUCCGGAGAGGAGAUCGAUCCAAAUUUGACAUUGAAGUCCUGAAACAGUUACGCAAGCUGCUGCCAGAGAAACAUGAGGUGGAGAAUCUGAAGUCCUAUCAGGCCGAUCAGAGCAAGUUGGCCUCAGUGGACCAAUUCUACCUGCAGCUGCUGGAUGUUCCCAGUUACUGUCUGAGGAUCGAGUGCAUGUUGCUGUGUGAGGAGAGCAGCAGCGUGUUGGAGACGCUGCGACCUAAAGCUCAGCUGCUGGACGCCGCCUGCCAGAGUCCGUCUUCACGCUCAGGCACUCGGCUGCCCAUGUUCUGCAAACUAAUCCUGGACAUUGGAAACUUUCUCAACUAUGGGACUCACACGGGGAACGCUGAGGGUUUUAAAAUCUGCACUUUGCUCAAACUGACGGAGACCAAGGCCAACAAGUCCAGAAUGACCCUGCUGAACCACAUUCUGCAGGAAGUGGAGCAGAGCCAUCCUGACCUGCUGAACCUGCCUGAUGAUCUGGAGAUCUGUGAACCAGCUGCCGGGUUGAACCUGGACUCCAUCCAGACUGAAACCAGAACUCUGAUCAAACAGCUGCAGACAGCUGAGAGGAGGAUUUCUGCCUCUGCAGAUGACCUGAAGGAACAGUACCUCACCCCCAUCCAGGACAGUCUGCGGGCCUGUGAGGACCUUCAGAAGCAGCUGUCCUCCGUGGGGGACAGGAGGGUGGACCUGGCCAACUAUCUGUGCGAGGACAGCAGCCGGUUCUCUGUGGAGGAACUCUUCAGCACCAUCAAGACCUUCAGAGGACUCUUCCUCAAAGCCAUCAAGGAAAACCAGAAUCUGAAGGAGCAGGAGAAGAGGAGGAAAGAGCGGGAAGCGAAGAAACGGCAGAAAGGAGAAAACGGAAAAAUCUUCAGGAAGAGUGCGGCGGUGCAGGAGGAAGGCUGCAUUAUCGAUAAUCUGCUGGCUGAGAUCAGGAAAGGCUACAACUUGAAGAAGACCAGGCCUCAGUCCAAGCUUGUUAGCCUGCCACCUAGUGGUGGGGCGCAGGACAGCAGACACUUGGAUCAUUCUGAGAAGUUGGAGACCUUACCAGCUGUGGAGGAACCUCAUGCUGCUAUUUCUACCCAACCACAGCAAGAACAUCCUCCUGAGGCGGUCCAGCCCUCCACAGCUGACCACGCUCAAACGGGACCAGAGUCUGAGUCUCCUGAGACCCAAAACCCUGAAGACCACCAGAGCCAGGACUCUGCUUUAGGCUUGGUACCUCAUGUUGAGACCAGAGUCACAAGUCUGGAAGAAGAUGGAAAUGUUGACCCCAUACUGGAGGAUUCCGAAGAUGAUUAUGUCAGCAUUGGGUCCCAACCGAGGACGAGUGAGGAAGCCAAACCAAACGAGCUUCAGGAAAGUCCACCGUCUCAUCGAAGUCCAAAUGGACGAGCUGAAGAUCCACACAGACCAGCAGAAAACUUCAACAGGACUUCAGCAGAUCGUCCUGAGACAUUUGAGACCUCACCAGCUGUGAAGGAACUUCAUGUUGCUGCUGCUUCCAGCCAGUUACAGCAAGAACCUCCUCUGGAGGUGGUCCAACCCUCCACAGCUGACUACACUAAAACAACACCAGAGUCUGAGUCUCCUGGGAUCCAAAAUCUUGAGGACCAUCGGAGCCAGGACUCUGCUUUAGACCUGGUACCUCAUGUUGAGACCAGAGUCACAAGUCCUGCAGAAGAUCGGGAGGUCAACCCCACAUUGGAGGGUUCCCAAGAUGAUUAUGUAAUUGUUACGUCGCAACUGAGGAUGAGUGAGGAAGCCAAAACAAACAAGCUUCAUGAGAGUCCACUGUCCCAUCCAAGUCCAAAUGGACGAGCUGAAGAUCCACACAGACCAGCAGAAAACUCCAGCAGGAAUUCAGCAGGAACAGGUGUUGCAGAAACCAAACACAGGAAAUAUAAAAAAGUCUGCAUGUCACAGUGAGUGUUUCAUCUCCAGAACACCAGAGAGUGCCACAUCACCACAAGCACAUCAUGCAAAGAAACUUGAGCACCAAAGAAGACUGAUGAUCUUAAAGUAUUGAAAACAUUUAGCAGAUUUUCUCAAACCGUUUUGAGUUUGACAAAUGGGUUCUCAGUUUUUUAUUUCUCUCCCACACAGUUUUAGAAGGUGUUUGAGUUUUGAACGUUCAUUUUACUGUUGUCCUGAAACUUGUUAAGGCAGGUUUUGUUUCACAAGGUUUUUGUAAAAUUUUACCACACAGGUUCAAAGUUUAUGAAGCAGAGACUGCCCCCCCCUCAGUCAUUUGAUGUUUGAGAGCUUCUUAUUUCACUGUUUCAGUCACUUUUUGGUGUUUUUUUAAGGAUUCUAGCUUGUUUUCUUUACACAUGUUCAUCUGCAAAUGUUUCUAAUAAAUGUCAAUGUUUGAAA